AUGCUUCUAACCAUAAGGGCAUUGAUUACCGUAUCCUGCUUCUCUACAGCCGUCUUCUCACAAAAACUUGGUCCGCCGGGGCCGCUAUCAUCACAUUUUGUCGACUGGCUGAUUGCACAUGGUUAUGAAGGUGACAACUUCGAUCGUCCAGAUGUAGGACCAAAUGGAAGUUUUGGUGGAAAGAAAAGGGCAACAGAACGGAUAAGAAACGAGCCAGUGAUAUUUAUUCAUGGAAAUGGAGAUGCAGCUCUUCAUACGCAGGCACCAUUAGCAACCGGAUGGAGCAGAUCGAUUCAGUAUUUUAUGGAGCAAAAUUAUACAGAAGGAGAGCUAUACGCCACUACGUGGGGUGAUGCUUGGGGUUCAGGAUCAAUCUUGGACAGUUACAGUACAAUGCAUACAUGCAGUAAUUUGCUGUUUUUGAGAAGAUUCAUCGAAGCUGUGAUAUCCUACACCGGUGCAAGAAAGGUUGAUGUCAUCGCUCAUUCCGUUGGCGUCGUUCUCGCUAGGAAAGCGCUCAAAGGUGGAUCACUUAUUGGAACCGAUGGGAACUGCACGCUUGGACCUCCAUUAACCAAUAAAAUCGACACAUUUGUUGGAAUCGCCGGGCCAAAUUACGGACUAUGCGUUUGUCAACUGGCGCAAACAGUUCCAGCUUGGUGUAAUGCCCUCGAUGGACUUUACCCAGGAUACACAUGCCAAGACCAGCUCCUAUGCGGCUAUACUUCUGGUAAUUGCAAACAAGAAAACUACUCGGCACUACUUGAACGACUCAACAAUGAUCCGGCUCGCGAAGCUGAUCACGUCUACGCGAUGUGGAGCGACGUUGACGAAGUCUUGCUGUUUCGCGGAAUGACAUGGGGAAAGCCAACAUCGCGCAUUCCGGGUAUGAACGGACGAUGGGUGUCCGAUCGUAAUGGUCAUGUUGCUAUGAAAGACUUGACCGAAUUACGGCAAUUCGAAGCUGUUGUGCAUCAUUCUAUCUGA